AUGGCCACAACUGGGAACUUCGCUGAAGUGAUGCUCAGCUGCGCCCUGAGGUCCCUGCUCGCUGCUGCUGUGUUCGCAGCUGUGGACGUUGCUGAGUGUCAGAAGGUUGCUCAAGACCUCGGAACGUCCUUCACACCUUCUCCAGUUUAUCCCACCGUCAACUUUCAGGUGGUCAAUGUGGACCAUGUGUUCCUGAGGCAGGACAGUCCAGAGGCAUUAGUGAACUCCAGCCUGAAGGUUCAGACCCAGAGUUUCUACAUCACCGGUGCAGGAGCCGGGAUCCUCCAGUCAGCUGUCAACGCUUCAUACGGCCCUCUGACCGUGGACGCACCGAUCCAUCCAGACCUGCUCCUCAGGGGGCGCAGGAUCCUGCCAGUCAUCUUAGGCCGCCAGGUUCGUUCCUCGUCUCCCGUCGUGAAGAUCCUCUUCCACAUGCCAGCAGGAUCCAAGCUCACCGCUGGGCAAGACAAAUCGGAGCCAGGAGAAGAUAAGGGCAGGAAAAGCACUGGAGUCAAGGCAAAGGACGGAGCUCACUGUGUGACGGCGUACGCCUUCUGGGAUACCAGGGAGGUCCGGGGGGCUUGCUUGGUGUCUCCGGGUGGAUUCUGUGUGGCACAGCUCAAGCCAGAACCUGCCUGGUUCAGCUCGAGCAGCCGAUCAGGAAGCUCCAGCAGAGAGGCUGGAAAAACCGAAGGAAUUAAGGGAGUUCAGGGGAACCUGGUGGAGGUGUAUUUCCAGAGUCGCAGGGACCAGACGGGUCAGUGCAGCCCGCAGGACAGCCUGCAGCGGGUGGGUGUGGGACGAGGCAGAGGGAGAGACUCCGGGGGGGCAGGGACGCCCAUGAGGCGGAUAGGAAGUGUCAAUCUGCUCAGAACUCCCCCAGGGAACCCCACCUUUCUCCGGCUGAGAUUGGGAGGCGCCGUGGUGAUCCAGACUUCCUCCAAGCCGGUGAAAACCACAGAUGUGGCAACUUUCUAUGUUUUCCUCGCGAGUACAUCACCUCUGGAAAACUUCACACUCAGGGCGGCGGUGAAAGCAGGUCUGUUGUUCAGAUCAGCGCGGCCCAGCGACUCGGCGCUGUGGGACGUCCGGGUGGAGCCCGGCAGAGGAGCGACCCCCAGCACCGUCUCUGUGGUCUGCCGGAGGAAGGUCGCCACCACUGCCAAGAGGGGUCUUCUGGAGGUUUUACAGCUCGACUUUAUGCCGAGAGACGCUUCGGAGCAGAUGGGGACUCAGACCCUUUCCUGGCGUCUGGAGCUGCCGGGGAACCUCAAGGAUGUCGGCAUGAUGCGGAUCUACACGACUCGGAGAGACUACGUGGGGCUGGCACCGCUGGUCUUGAACACUGAUAUCUUGAACACUGCCGUGCUGACGGGUAAAACGGUGUCAGUCCCGGUGAAAGCUAUGGCUGUGGAGGCCGACGGCUCCGUCACCGAUGUGACCAACUCCACCAGCUGCAGGUCAACACAGGAGGACGUCCUCAAGGUGUCGGAAGGCUGUGACUUCAUAUACGUGAAUGGAAAAGAGACCAGAGGAAGCAGCAGGGCCAUGGUGAACUUCACGUAUGGCUUCCUGAGUGCACAGCUGGAGAUGAGCGUGUGGAUGCCACGCUUGCCUUUGCUCAUCGACGUGGCCGACCCCGAGCUCAGCCAGAUCAAAGGCUGGAGGGUCCCUGUUACCACCGGCAACCGGAGGUCUACGUGGGACAGUGAGGAAGAGGAGGAGAUGAGGAAGGGCAGAGGCUGCAUGCUGCAGUACCAGCACUCUGCACUCCGGGUGCUCACGCCCUUCCUGGCUCAGGCUGACGCUGAGGUAAAGCCUGACUCGCUAACGGGAGCCGAGCCUGUCGACUACUUCCUGGGUCCCGACUGGAAGGUGGACGUGACCAGUCUGGUGCGCAAUUCUCUGAAAGUGGCUGAUCCUGAGGUGGCCAGGGUGCAGGAUGGGGCGGUGCUGCAGGGACGGGCUGUGGGUGCUACGACUGUACAGGUGCUGUCCCCCCUGACCUCCUCGGUCCUGGCGGAGAGAGCCAUCCGGGUGGUGGAUGACAAAGUGAGCGUGACGGAGCUGGGAGUGCAGUUGAUUUCCGGACUCUCUCUGUCCCUGCAGCUCAGCCCGGGGAGCAACAGGGCCCUAGUUGCCACGGCAACCACGCGGGAGAUGAUCACGCAGCUCAAACAGGAAGCGGUGGUGAGCUGCUGGGUUCAGUUCAGCGACGGAGCAGUCGCCCCCCUGGACCUGUUUGACCGGAGCAUCUACUCCCUGACGGUCACCACCCCCGACGACAGCGUGGCCACGGUACGCCGCACGCCGCUCUCCACGUACGUGGUGGCCCAAGGUGAAGGCGAGAGUCGGGGGGCGCUGGUGAGGGUGGAGCUGAGGAUCUGCGAGGAAUGUCAGAAAUCCAAGAGGAAGAGCAAGCUGGCCGUGGGCACCGGGCUCCUCAGGAUCAACCUCCAGAGCAGCAGCAGCAGCAGCACAGCGGGCGGAGGAGGUGGAGAUGAAGAGGAUGAUGGAGGCGUAUCCGAAGUGGUGGGAGAUGUGAAAACGGUGACAUCCCAGCGUUCUGUUACAGAUAUGGAUAAGUGGUUGGUGAGAAGCAUAACACCUGAGCAGCAGGACACCACCCAGGCAGGAACAACCACCUCCAUCCCGGUUUCUACGAGAUAUGUGCAGCCACGUGUUGUGUGGAUCGGAACAACAACCAGAGCUGCCAGAGGAACUCCGGCUCCUGCCGCUGCCACAGCUGCCACCACAGCUCUGAGCACACCAGGCCUAAACACACCAGUGAGCACGGCCAAGCCUGAAGCAACAACAGUGGGUGUUGCUGUUAAAGGUGAAGGGCAGAGGAGAAGCUACGGCAACAUGCUGGACAACCCAAAUUCACCACCUAACAAAGACCUUCCUAAAGCAGAAGAAACGCCCAAACAAGAGAAUCCCAAACCCAAAACCCCCAAAGUCAUCGAGAGCGACUUCAUCCAGACGUUCAGAGACAUGUCGGACCUGGAGAUCAGCAUGUACUCCCUGGUGGGGCUGUCCUGUAUCGCUAUCCUGGCUUUUAUAGUCAAUUGUGCUUCAUAUACCCUCUGCUUCCGUAAACACAAAACCCCCGUACAGGCAGGCCCCGCCCCCAACGGGGUCCCGAAGGACCACAAGCACGACUGGGUGUGGCUGGGGACCGGUAAUCCAAACCCUCCAGCCCCGGGUGGGGUCCCAGCCCAGGUCUCGACGCUAAAACGUGAGGCCCACCGUCCUCUGGAGUCCCGUCAUUCCAUGGACUCCAUGGGCCACCGCACCAUGGAGAGACCCCUGCCCACCAUCAGCGUCCCCCCCCCCGUCCCCGAGCGAACGGCCACCCUGGGCCGCAGCAGGACCACGUCCCAGCAGCAGCAGUUUCAGGGAACGAUAAUCGACCCCAUGGCGAACCGCUCGGCCACGCUGCUGGCACGGCCGCACCGCAGCGAGCCGCUUCACUCGCCCACCAGCAAGAGGAACCAGGUGCAGUUCACCACCUUCACCACGCUGGACAUCAAGCACCUGGCGGCGCUGAAGAAGAACGGCGUGGAGUUUAACUGGCAAACGCAGCAGCACCUGAUCCCCGCAGAGCCCCAGGCCCCUUUACCUGACAUUCCAUGGCCAGUCGUCAAACCCCUGGGAGCGCACCAGUGA